CGCACCUCCGGUGUGGGUUACACCUAAAACGCUUUUCAAGAUGCGAAUGGAAAAUACGCUGUUUUUUCUUACAUCUGUGGGACGAACAACACACCUUGGAAAACGCGUUAUAACACAUCUAGUUCACAAUGGUUGAAGAAGCUAAUAUGCACACGUUCCACCUCCUGGACCUGCCCUGGGAGGAUGUCCUCGUCCCACAUAUCCUGUGCCAUUUGCCGUUGCAGCACCUGGUCAAUCUGCAGAGGGUGAGCAAGCACUUCCAGAGCCUGGUCCAGGUUUACUUCUCAAACUGCAGGACUUUCAGUCUGUCUCUGGUGGGAUCAUGCAUUCCCAAGGAAGCAUUUUGCUCCAUGUUAAAGGACAAUAAGGUUCUCCAGAAGCUUUCGCUUCAGAACUGCUCAGACUGGGUGACGGACAAGGAGCUGUUACCAGUUAUCGGCCAAAACCAGCAUCUGCAGAAGGUGGACCUGAGCAGCUGCGCGUGCCUCAGCCGUAGCUCCCUCGUGGCUGUGUCCUUGAGCUGCAUGCAUCUCCAGCAGCUCGGCCUGGCGCACUGCGAAUGGGUAGACAGCCUGUCCCUGCGCAGUCUGGCCGACCACUGCGGGGGGCUGGAGUCUGUUGACCUCACCGCCUGUCGCCAACUGAAGGACGACGCCAUCUGCUACCUGGCCAAAAAGUGUUCGAAGUUGAAGUCUCUAUCGCUGGCAGUUAAUGCCAACAUUACAGACGAGUCGGUGGAAGAGGUGGCCAAGAACUGCAGGGACCUGGAGCAGCUGGACUUGACAGGUUGCCUGCGGGUCAGGAACCACUCAAUCAGGACUCUUGCGGAGUAUUGCCCGAAGCUGCAGACCCUGAAGGUGAAUCACUGUCACAAUGUGACGGAGUCGAGCCUCGAUCCUCUUCGGAAGCGCAAUGUAGUGAUUGAUGUUGAGCCGCCUUUACAGAGAGCUCUUGUACUUCUUCAGGAUGUACUGGGGUUUGCGCCUUUUAUCAAUCUCCAGAUUUAGCCAGAGGGCAAUCUUUUAUCCAACAAAUGCACACAGGCAACUUUACAACAGCUGUCACUUUAAACUGCAUCAGAUGGAUGUGCCCCGGUUGGAGGAAUUUCAUGAGUCUUCAGGAAGACCGGGAUUUGUUGUUGCUCAGAAAAAGUGUACAAACUUCAUUGGAAUGUGAAUAUGAGUAAUGAAAAUCUGAGAAAAAAAUUAAAAUAAGUUAUGUUUUGCAAGUUAAAGAAAAAAGCCAUCUACUUUUAAGCAUUACAGCCUCAUGUCCAAAAGAUGUCACUGCACUAUUUCCUUAACCACUUCAUGUUGUAGACAGUGUGGCAGUUUAGAAAAGCAAUUCUUACCAAAGUACAGUAUAUUAUUUUGUAGUGCAAAGUCCUUAUAUUAUGUUUCAUUUAGAAACAUUAAAAACAUGUUUGAGUUUAAUUAAACAUUUCAUUUUGCAUGUUUUUCGCUGAAAGGGGUCAUUUGUUCAAAUGCACAAAACAUUCUCAGAGCUGCCACUACUGAAUAUUAGAUAGAUGUUUUUAUCUGUCAUCUUUAUUAUCUCCUUAUUACAACUUCAUUGCCACCAAUAAAUGUAAAAUGCAAAUGUGAUUUGUGUUGCUUUCCAUGUGUUUUCCAGAAACUAUUUUAAUGUCCUCUGAUUUCAGUGGUUUCACAAUGAUGAAGGAUGUUGAACAACGUAGAUUUUCAGAGAUGAGUUGAUGAGCUUUUCAUUAUUGACAAGAGUCAAGUAACCCUCUUGUUCAUUUUUGUUUAAUUCAUAGCCUCAAUACUUUUUUGACAUGCAAGAAUCUGCUAAGACUGUAUCCAACGAGUCUAAAUGAAAUUUGUAAGAUCUUGUUGAAACUCUUGCUCUGUGAAACAGAAGCAAGCGGAACCAUUAAAAUAAAAAUACCACCAGAAAUGACUGCUGGCAUGU